UUCAUCGAUAUCGUAAGUGACAUGGUCUCCAGUGGAGACUAUAAGGAAGUGGAAGACCCAACGAUCUUCGUUUCUCAGGUAACUGGACGUGGCCCGUUGUCCGAAAACUGGACUAAGGAGCAUAGUUUGUCUCAGAAGGGUGCCGAUAUUCGAUACUCGGGCCAUGGUAUCAGUCCGGCACGCGAUGGACUUAUUAUCGAACAUCCCCUUCCCAAGCGAAUAAUGUGUGCCUACAAGUUGUGCCGCGUCGAGUUCCGAUAUUGGGGCAUGCAGACCAAGGUGGAACGCUUCAUUCACGAUAUUGUAAGCCUACGUUAA